AUGAUCGAUUCUAUAACAUUCAUCACUCCCUAUGUUUACGUUGGCGGUCAAACAGCAGCUCGUGCUCUAUCCAAUAUCUAUUUGAAUGGUAUCCGUUGUAUUAUUAAUGUUGCUCGUGAAUUACCACACGUUCAAUAUCCUUCACAUAUUGAAUCAAUUAAAAUUAAUAUUGAUGAUGUAUCAACAUAUCAUAUUGAAAAAUAUUUUGAUAAAAUUGCUGAUAAAAUUCAUCAAAAUGAAACUAUAGUUAAACGAAAAACAUUAGUUCAUUGUCAAGCAGGUAUGUCUCGAAGUGUAACAUGUGUUAUUGCCUAUUUAAUGAAAUAUAAACAAAUGUCAUUAAUCCAAGCCUAUAAUUAUGUUAAAUAUAAACGACAAAUAGCUAAACCUAAUUAUGGUUUUUGGAAACAAUUACAAACAUAUGAGAGAAAAUUAAUAAAACAAAAUAAUCAAACAAUAACGAAUAAAUUUCAAGCUAUUAUUUAUACGAUAAAAACAAAAUUAAAUAAAAUUUUUUAUGUACAAGAUGACCAUCGAUAUAGGAUACAAAAAAUUGUCUAUAUUCCUGCUCGAUCAAUGUUUUAUCCAUUCAUAAAAUAUUAA